AGAUACGGCUCUUCAAUCAAGAGUAGAAGAAUUAGAGCAGGGUGUUUCUUUAGCACAGAAGGAGUUAACAGAAAUGGAUUCUUUCAAACGUAAAUUAGAACUGAAAAACGCAGAACUAUCUACUAAAAAUAUUUACUUAGAUCUAGAAAAAAAAGAUUUAGAAGAUACAUUAGCCAAAAAAAAGGAUGAAUUAGCACAGAUGAAAGAUAAUUUAGUCACAACUCAAAGAGCAUUAAUAGAGAAAGACACCCUCCUUCAAGAAGCAGUCCUAAAUAAAGCUUAUUUAGCCGAACAGAUCCCAAAAACAUCCAGUGAGUCUGAAGUGGCUGGAGGG